AUGCUCUUACAGCUCCACAUGAAGAGUAAAACACUGCAAAUCGCCUGCCAAUAUGAACUCGAAAGAAAUUCAUCUUCGCGGGUCUCACCUCCAAAGAAAACUAAAGCCAACCGCCCCCCUUGGCAGGGUGCUGCUGCUGCUGUUGCUGUUGGCGCUGCUGGCUCCCCUACUGCAGGAGCAACAGGAGCAGCCGCAACAGCAGCAGCAGCAGCAGGAGCAAAACCACCCACAGCACCCCCCUAUACCCUAAACCAGUUCCUUUCUUCCUUUUCGCCUGUCCGGCAUCGCAACACUAAGAAAAGGGUUGCAUUGGCAGCAGCAUCCGGACCAAAUGCAGCAAUAGCAGUAACUGCAGCAGCAGCAACACCAGCAACAACAGCACCGGAAGCAGCAACAGUAGUAAAUGCAGCAACAGCAGCGGCAGCAGCUCCAGAAUGUCAAAGGGAGGAAACAUUCUUUGAUUUCCCCUUUUCACCUCGAGGAACCCUGGAAAGCAACGCGUGCAGACUACCAGCAGCAAACGCAGCAGAAUCGGAAGCAGCAGCAGAAGCAACAGCAACAACAAUAGCAACAGCAGCAGCAGCAGAAGCAGCAACAGCAGCAAAUGGGUCGGCAGCACCGUCAACAGCAUCAGCAACAGCAGCAGCAACAGAUGCACCUGAUGAUUUGUCAUGGAUGGUAUCGGAUUUGAAUUCGUCUUGGAACCACAAAAGUUUUGAGUUUGUAAAUUUUUUGUUCAAAGGGAAUUCGGUUUGCCCUCACCACGAAACUUCACUAGGACCGCUGAGGUGUACAUACAGCUCAGCCACCCGUUUUUGUACUCUAACGUCCCCUGUUUUUAAUGGCAGGAGGCCGCUGCACCCUAUUUCAGGUCUAGACGCACCUCAGGAGGAGACGCUGACGGGUGGUUCUCCUGCGGCUGCUUCUGAGGGGUCCUUUGUUUUUUUUUCUGCGCUGAGAAGUAGCGAAGAAGAAGAUGGAGGAGAUGAAGAAAAGCUCAAGAAGAGAUCAAAAAGAAGAUUGGAAGUAGAGCCAACGCCUGAAAGCGAAACUAAGAACAACACAGACAACAGCAACACCGAGACAGAGGCUGAACCUGCUGCAGCCCCUGGAUGUAGCAGAAAGAAAGGAGCUUUCGCUUGUCAGCUGCUACGAAAAAAAAUCAAUACAAGCAGCAAAAGAAGUGAGUCGGAGACGCACACGCAGCAGGACGCAGCAACAACAGAAACAGCAGCAAAGAUAACAGCAGCAACAACAGCAGCACCCACUACAGCAACAGCAACAGCAGCGACAACAGACAUAACAGCAGAAACAGCAGCAGCAGCAGUCAUAGAGGGCAUCGCCAGCAGCAUUCUUCGAGACAGCAGAAGAAGCAACGCGAGUCCAUGA